GCCCGGAGGGGGCCGCGCCGCCGGACGGCUGCAGAGCGCCGCGUUCCCGCUGGGAGGAGUGCGGCUCCUGCUGACCUCCGCCGGCUGCCGUAGGCUGGGCGCGGGAACAUGGCGGCGGCGGCGGCGGCGCGAGGGGUUCUCGCGGGGAUGCUGCGGCCGCUGGCGCGCUGGGCCCCCCUGGCUGCGUGGCGAACUGCGUCCGUCCGGUGCUGCCACAGCCCAGCGCGGGCAGCGACUCCGUUGGGGAAACCGCUGUCCCUCAGGAUCGUGCCCGGCGGGGGCUCCUCCGCGCUGCUCAGCAGACUCACACCUCUACUUCCAAGCAUACUUGAGCAGCCCGUGAGGCCCCUCACUUAUUAUGGUUUACGGAAGGGAAAGAGGAAGAGUGUGAAAGCUGUUGUUAAGAGGUUUCUCCGACUGCACAAUGGUCUUUGGGUUAGGAGAAAGUCUGGUUACAAGAAGAAACUGUGGAAGAAGUCUACUGCCCAGAAGAAACGCUUGAGAGAGUUUGUGUUGUGCAAUAGAACACAGUGUAAACUCCUGGAUAAAAUGACCACUUCUUUCUGGAAAAGAAGAAAUUGGUAUGUUGAUGAUCCCUACCAGAAGUAUCACGACCGCACAAAUCUUUCUGUGUAGAAAUCUUUAUAAGUAAACAUACGCAGUCUGGUGAUCUCCUGUGAUUGUGUGCAACAUAAUGUAUGUGGACGAAUACAGUCUAAACAUUGCUGAAAGGCAGUGAAUAAUUAAACAUAUUUCAUCUUGAA